UAGGUUGAUUGUACAAACGCCACCUGUACAGACCUAGGUACGGACGUCGCAUUUUCGAAUUACAGCUGGAAACAGACCUUCAUGAUGACAAUGGACCCGUUGAAAUCGGCGAUGUCCAUCGGGAAUGUGGAUGAGACAUCUCUUGCUUUGCCGUCCGAUAACAAACUUCGGUCCAAACAGCAACGAGUCUUGGAUCAGGUGCAAACCAUCAAGAGGGGCAAGUCGAAGUACAGUAAAAAUGGAUCUCUGUCGUCGCCAACGAGUCCUGUGUACUUCAACAUAUUCACUGACUCCUUUAAGUCACCUACCACUCUCAAUGGAAGUGCCUUCUUUAAUGGUACCAAUGGACUCUCAAAAACAAAUGGCCUCUCAAAAACGCUCAGCUACGAGAAAGGCACUAAGCGAAGGGUCCUGACCUCCAAGGAAUCUACGGUCCAGAGGAACAUGAGUAGCUCCAGCCAGUGGGAGAGACAAUUCCCUCUCAGCCCCACCAUAGGCAAGCGCAACAGCAGCCGCAGUGUGCCUGACCUGGCCCCCUUCCCCACCACCACCACCCUGCAGCAGCAGCAACUGCAGUCCUCGGCCCUCGCCCAGCAGCUCCAGCCCAACAGGUCCAGCUUCUUCCCGACCGAGAGGAGGAGCAGUCAGUUAACCUCCAACGGCUCCUCUCAGGUCGCUGUCAAAGGCAAUGGGGUGCAGAAAAGGAACAGCCAGUUGAUUGGCACGCGUCAGACGAAAAGUAGCGGCCAAAUUACCAGCAGCCAAGCUCGUAUUGAGAGGGUGCCCUCAAACCUCUCUGUGGCCGAGUCCAAGAUAUUGGGGAUCAAGAGCAAGAGUGAAGCGGGGAUGAAUGGUAAUGGUCAGAUAGCUGAUAUAACCAUGAAGGAGGCGGUGGAGUGCCUGUCCAGUGGUGAUGAGAACUACCAGCUCUGUGGAGCCUCCUUCAUCCAACACGCUACCUACUCAGAGGACAAGGCCAAGCAGGAGGUGUUGCGGCUCAAAGGGAUCCCCCCUUUGGUGAACCUGCUUAGGAGUCCCAGUCCCCAGGUCCAACAGACUGCCUCGGCCGCCCUGCGGAACCUGGCCUUUAAAGAUGCAGACAACAAGGAGGAGGUCCAGCGCUGUGGGGGCAUCACUGAGGCCCUGGCCCUGCUCCGAGACACAGACUCUACCGAGACACAGAAACAACUCACAGGUCUCCUUUGGAACCUGUCGUCUGCAGACAGUCUGAAGCCAGAGCUGGUGCGUAGUGCUCUGCCUGUCCUGACUGAGACUGUGGUAGUACCAUACACAGGAGAUGAGACAAACAACAACCAGGACCCAGAGGUCUUCUACCAUGCUACAGCAUGUCUACGAAACCUGAGCUGUGCAAAGCAAGUCAACAGGCAGGCCAUGCGUAACUGUCGAGGCCUCGUCGACUCACUGGUCAGUUACGUCCAGGGUUGUGUGGCUGCAGAGAGGCCAGAUGACAAGUCUGUGGAAAAUUGUGUGUGUGUCCUGCACAACCUGAGCUUCCAGCUGGAGAGUGAGGCCCCGGCCCUGUUCAGCAGGAUCACUGCCUUGGCCAGGACCCCCAGCAGGGCCAACGCCCCCAGUGAGACCGGCCCCAUUGGGUGCUUCAGCCCACAGAGCAGCAAGGUCCAGGAGCAGGAGAGUCACUUUGACUACCCUGUGAUGGAGGAGCAGCACCCUACAGGAGCAGGCUGGCUCUUCCACUCCAAGACCAUGCAGAGUUACCUGUCUCUGCUGGGGUCCAGCCAGAGAGAAGACACCCUGGAGGCCUGCUCUGGAGCCCUACAGAACCUCACUGCUUACCACGGCAUUGUAUCUAGUGUGAUGAGCCAGAGCAUCGUGCAGAAGCUGAACGGCCUGCCUCACAUCUCUCCCCUGCUGCAAUCCUCCAACCCCAGCCUCCAGAAAACUGCUGUGUCUCUGGUAGGAAACCUGGCCAAGAACCAACGCCUUCAGAGCACCAUGGCCCGACAGACCUUGCCAGAGCUAGUUGGCAUCCUCAGCUCAUGGACCAAGGAAGAGACGCAGUGUGAUGACACCCUGGCCAUGGCAUGCCAAACCAGCCACAGUCUGCUGGUGAAGGAGCCUGAGCUGGGGAAACCCCUGCUGACCAACAACCUGGUCAACUCACUUAACGACCUGAGCAAGAAGAGGGAUUUCCCAAAGGCCAGCAAAGCUGCAGGUGUGCUCCUCUACAGCCUCUGGUCAGAGAAGGAUGUACAGAGUUUCCUAAAAAAGCAAGGGAUGAAUAAGGGUUCCUUUGUGAACGACAUCACCAGCGCGGCUCACAGGUCUGUGCAGGUCGUUGAGUAACAGGACCGCUGGCAUGGACCUCCGGAUGUACUAAUGAACUAGUGGACCUAUACACCUACUACGGUACAUAUCAGAUUGGGUCCAGUUAAUCUGAUUGCAACAUUUUUACUUUAGAUUUUAAAACAAUGCAUAGCUAGUCAGAUUGCCUAUCCAUUAUGUUUAGUUUUGUCAUUUAUCUUACAUCAGUAUAAAGGUUUAAUCAUGUACCUAUAUUUCUGUUAUUUUCUGGGCUCUUUUGUGUUUACUAGUAAUCAUUUGUUUUUGUUUUCCACUGUAAACAUUAUGAUUUUCUAUUGAUAAUGCCUAGUUACUGGGAUUGCUUGAAUAGGGCCCCUUUUCUAGCAUGGCAAAUAUGGUUGGUUACGUAAAAGCUAACAUAGGCUACUGAAAUGAUCAGAUGUUGUAACUCAUUUCAUUUAAUUGUAUUUAUCUAGCCAGGAUAGUCCACUCAGUAACAAUUGCCACUGUUUCUCAAGUAGUCCUGAGGGGUAUACUACAAAGCAGGAUCAAGGAGUUAGACAGCUAAUUUGCCUGUGUAUAUAUAUAUAUAU